AUGAGAACUGUCCUACAAGCUCAAAAGGCUAACGAAACCGAACCUGUCCAAGGUCCUGAAGCCACCAAAAAACGUCAAAAGUCUGGCAGAAGAAACGCAAGGGUGCUCCUUCCACAAUUGGCAUCAGAAACGAGGAAGAUUGAAGAAUCCGUGAAAGGAGAAGAAUCCACGGUAGAAGUGAUGCGUCUGCAGGCAGCUAAAGGCUUGGCCAGGGCUGAAAAACAAAAGUUGGACAACAAAUGGGCGCAUGCUGCUUUCACCAAUACAUCCACCUUCGUCGCCGACCAUUAUCGUAACAAGUUCAGUAUCAACGGCGAAGAGCGUAAAAAAGAACGUAAAGCUAACUGUACCAUGAAUCACGACGCUUCUGAUGCAAAGCGUGAUAACGCCAACAUUUCACAAAAAACUGGAGCCGAUGGUACCAACAGGAUGAACCGGUCGAGAAUAAAAAAGGUUGGUCCAGCAAAGCAUCGGAUUGUGGAAGAAGCGUCCGACUUGGACCUGAAACCUUUAACACCUGAUAAAAUUGGCAAGAUGCAAAAAGAAAUGGCACAAAUCCUGGGAACAUUGGAAGACGGUCUCAUCUCCAUCAACAUCUUGGACUCUGACUCCUCGCAGGAUAGCUGA